GCUGGUGACUGGAAUUACAGCAACGCUGAAAUGGCGGCUACUCAGGCGUUUAACCGGUGCUGUUUAUUAGCAAAUCGACGAGCCGAUUAUGGUUCUAGUGUUAUCGAGAGGGUAGCUCUGAGAAAUGCGCGUGAAAAAACUGUUCGUUUCGCCGGAAUUUCUUGUUACUCUUCGUCUACUAGCACCGGCAGCGAACCGGCGGUUGUUGUAGCUAAUGACGAUAAGUAUGGAAACAAGGAGAUUAUAAGUCUUACUCCUCGUCUUUAUGAUUACAUUCUGGCCAACGUUCGUGAGCCGGAGAUCUUGAGACAAUUGCGAGAGGAGACUUCUGCAAUGCGUGGUAGUCAGAUGCAGGUUUCUCCUGAUCAAGCACAGCUGCUUGCGAUGCUUGUGCAGAUUCUUGGUGCGAAACGCUGUAUUGAACUUGGUGUUUAUACGGGAUACUCAUCAUUGGCAAUUGCUUUGGUGCUACCAGAAUCAGGUUGUUUAGUUGCCUGUGAAAGAGAUGCCGAUUCUCUCAAUGUUGCUAAAAAGUAUUAUGACAAAGCUGGUGUUUCCCACAAGGUCAAUGUUAAGCAUGGCAUGGCGGCAGACAUUUUAAAAUCUCUGAUUCAGAAUGGGGAAGCUUUCAGCUAUGAUUUUGCAUUUGUCGAUGCUGAAAAGAAAAUGUAUCAAGAGUAUUUUGAAUUGCUACUGCAGCUGGUGAGGGUUGGGGGUAUUAUUGUUGUCGACAAUGUCCUUUGGCAUGGAAAAGUUGCUGAUCCUUUGGUAAAUGAUGCUAGGACCGUCAGCAUCCGGGAUUUCAAUAAAAACUUAAUGGAGGACAAGCGCGUAAGCAUCAGUAUGGUACCUAUAGGAGAUGGGAUGACAAUCUGCCGCAAAUUAUGAACUUGUUAUCAGCUCAUUCCAUUUCCUAAUUCAACAACUUGUUCAAAAUGCUAUCGAGAUUUGUUGUUUUUGCAAAGUAUAGAGAGGAUAGAUAUAUUUAAAUGUUUCACGGGAAAGUACGACAAUGUAAUUUUGUUGACGCCUCAUCUAGCUUGUUAGUUUGAAACAAAUGACCUGGUUUUUCAUAACGAUGAGCAGGCGUAGGCAUAUAAGCUUUGAAGGUUUCAGACAAAUUUUUUAUCGAGUGCAAUGCUGAAUUACAUUCCCAUUGAUAA